AUGAAUGGAAAAGGGAAAUUCACGUCUCACAAAGGAUCAAAAUUUCAAGAAGGUCAGAGUGUGUUUAUUAAGCAACGGUGUAAAUUUAUCAAUUGUUUUAUAACGUAUGACAAAUAUUUAUUGCACAAAGAUCAUCGAAAUUUUGAUGCAGUGGUUUUUAAUUCAAGAGAAAUCGUUGACCUUUCUCCGAAUGAAAUCGAUUUAACACGAUCCGUUGAUCAAAAAUAUAUAUUUCGCUCGCUGCAAUUUCCGGAAGAUUAUCCAAUUUGCAACCAAUUCUUCGACAAUUUCUUUAAUUGGACUUGGACGUACAAUCUUGAUUCGGAUAUACCACACAAAAAGAAAGGAAUAGCUUGGAUUGUCAACAAAUGCAAAACGAAAGUCAAGCACCAAGAAUUCGUAAGAGAACUGAACAAGGAACUGAAACUAUAUAAUUAUACGAUUGAUAUUUAUGGAACAUGUGGCGAUAAUAAAUGCCCAGGAUCUCGUAUUAUAAACUGUUUAAAAAUAGUAGAAAAGAAUUAUUUCUUCCAAUUAAUCGUGGAAGAUACAAUCGCUGAAGAUUAUGUGUCUGAAAAAAUGGUUAAAGCUAUGACGCGUAUAGUGAUACCCAUUGUAUUAGGAUCUUCGGAUUACAAUAAUUUUCUUCCACCUGGAUCUUACAUAAAUGCUCAGAGUUUUGAUAUGAAGAAACUUGGAGCCAUCAUUGAUUACCUUAUACGGAAUCCUACUAUCUACGGAUAUUUUUUCGAUUGGAAGAACUAUUAUUAUUACACUGAAGAAGGUGUUAAACCAGCUUUGUAUUCACAUGUUGUUGAAAUUGAAUAA